AUGGCUAUCAAUCUCUUUCAACUCUCUUGCUUCACUGCUUUGGCUUUGGCAAGGGCUGUCGGCAAUACCAAUGGCAAUGAUGAUUUCCGGUCGGGUGUUAUUGAGGACAACAAACUUCGUGGUGUGUUUAUGGCAAACAUAUCCAUCGGAAAUCCUCUUGUUCCACAACUUCUAAGCUUACACACAGGCAGCAAUCUACUGUGGACUCGAUUCUUCCCCUGCACCAAAUCAUUCUGGUGUGAUUCUUCCCAGAAUUGCAAGUUCUACUCACGCUAUGUGGAUGGCACCACUGCAGCCGGAGUUAUUGCCACUGAAAAGCUCACGUUUGAGACCUCCGAUGAAGGAACAACAUCGGUUUCCGACAUUGUUUUUGGUUGUGCAAACGAGUUUAGUAGUGUAGUUCCUGAAGGCCAAAGCAACGGAAUAGUUGGUCUUGGCAACGGUGAACUAUCUUUGGCGACUCAAAUGGAUUCUAAAUUUUCUUACUGCAUUGGGCGUUUAAAUGCUCCUCACAAUCACUUGAUUUUGGGAGAUGGUGCGAAAGUCGAAGGCCCUUCAACCCCAGUUGAAUUUUUCAAUGGCUUGUACCAUCUAAAGCUUGAUGGCAUCACCUUGGGAGACAAAAAGCUCGCCAUUGAUCCCAUAAUAUUCAGAAGAACACCAUCGGGGAAUCGUGGGGUCAUAAUUGACUCCGGUACGCCAUUUAUUUUUCUACCAAGAUCUGCAUUCGAGCCGCUUAGCAGUGAAGUGCAGAGAUUAAUGGACAAUGCCCUGCUGCCACGUGUGGAUAGACUUGGCUUCCCUACUCCCUGCUUCAAGGGUGCUAUCGACCGUGACCUCUCCGGCUUUCCUAUAGUUUCCUUUAACUUCGCCGGAGGAGUUGACCUAUCGUUGGACGCAAAGAGCAUGUUUUUUGAGGAUGUUCCAAAUCAAUUUUGCAUGGCUGUAAUCCCGGCCGCCUACGUAUGGUGA